UUAAGCUAUAAGAACACCAUGCGACGUAUAUUUUUCAAAUUUAAAAAUAUGAUUUUAUGAUAGUUAUAGACAAUUUGUGAUGGAAUCUUUCGAAAAUACAUAGAUAAAUUAUACUGAGGAGUUUUGACUUACAGAAGAAUGGUAAAAAAGAAAGAUUUGGUGAAGAUAUUCUUUAUUUAUAUGUGUCUCUAUCAGAUGGUUCCUGCUCAUCCUUGUGGCGAAAAUCCCCUCCGAUCAAUAAUUAGUUUAUCCUCACAGACAGGUCAAGGUCUGCGUUUUGUUCUUGAUAAAUUAAGACAAAUGGAUUAUCGCGUGUACAGACAUUUACAAAGCAACUUCCAGAGGUAUGCCGAAUGUGUUGGCAUGGUAGAUACGGGUUAUUUCAAGCGUUCCGAAAGACAUGCGUUGAUAAGUAUCAACCCAUUCACUAGCCUGGAUAACAACGACGAUGCCACUGGAUAUAUAGAUAACAGUAGAUCAGUUGACGAUGUUUACAAGUCAAAUGAUGACAAUAGAGAACAAACCUUAAAGGAAACACAAGAAAUCAUUUCCAAAGACAUUUUACCCAUGCUAUUGAAAAGAAGAAGGAGACGUUGAACAGAUACAAACGAGUGACAAUAUCUGCACGCGGAGGAAUAUAUUAUACUAGGGUCAUGUCAUCGACAUAAUACCUAAGAGUAGUGCUUAACUGUUGAAACAGCAAUGUUGUGUAUAUUUAUUUAUUUAUUUAUUGUCUUGAAUUAUUUAACGGGUUGUUUUUUUAAACAGACUAUUCUUGUAAUCAAAAUUGAAUGCAAGCACCCGAAUGAUCGUUGACGAAAGGUUGUUUGAUUUACUGAAUAA